ACAGGAACAGAAGGAGAAAAGCCGCUGAGUGACUCGGGGUGCACCUGGCAGGCAUUGCGAGGCAGACCGAAACCAACAAUAAGGAUUUGGUGGUUCUCUACUUACAGGCACAUAAUUUUGCUCAGUGCAUUGUAACAGCCUGUAUGUGCAUCGCAAGAAAGACGAGAAUUUCCGAUCGCAGUUAAGUAAGAGCUGGUGUUUAGCAGUGAUGCUUCUCCCUCGGGACUGAAGGAGGAACGGGCACUCCAGUAAAACCAACUGAACCAGCACAUUAAAAGGAUCACGUAUUGGUCCCAGCUGAUCUGUUAAACUGUGCAAUAUCAAAGGGGAAAACAAGUGCUGCUUUUCCCGCUCCUCCUGCGAUCACAGGCUGUUGUUCUCGUCCCUAGAUGUGUGUCUCCAGAUUGAUGCUUGGGAUGCAAGCUGUCCCUGCUCGGUCUUGAACCUCGCACACUCAUGGACUCCUGGCUUAUUCUCCCUUCUUAUCGUCCGUGUUAAUUCAGUUGGACAGCAUCCGCUACCGGAGGUCCGAGGGUUAUUUACUAGUGAUCUGUCCCCGUUUAUUUAAACUCCGCAAGUAGAAGUGCAGAUGGCUGAGGGACCGAGACAACGUGGGGCCAGCAGCGGCAGCAGUAACGAGGCAUCCGGGGUCCAGGAAGGUGCCGACAAGGCUGCGGCCGGCUCUGGUGGAGUGGCACUGAAGAAAGAAAUCGGUCUUACCAGUGCCUGCGGCAUCAUAGUAGGAAAUAUUAUUGGAUCUGGGAUAUUUGUAUCCCCAAAGGGAGUACUGGAGAAUGCUGGAUCGGUGGGGCUGGCCUUGAUUGUCUGGAUAGUGACAGGUCUCAUCACAGCCAUCGGUGCUUUGUGUUAUGCUGAGCUUGGUGUCACCAUCCCAAAGUCUGGGGGAGACUAUUCUUAUGUCAAGGACAUUUUUGGAGGACUUGCAGGCUUCCUACGACUCUGGAUUGCUGUGCUUGUCAUCUACCCUACCAACCAGGCGGUCAUUGCCUUGACGUUUUCCAACUACGUCCUGCAGCCCCUCUUCCCAACAUGCCUUGCACCAGAAUCUGGCCUUCGACUCCUUGCUGCCAUCUGCCUCUUGCUCCUAACGUGGGUGAACUGUGCCAGUGUCCGUUGGGCAACACGUGUGCAGGAUAUUUUCACAGCUGGGAAACUCCUUGCUCUGGCUCUUAUCAUUGUAAUGGGUGUUGUGCAGAUCUGUAAAGGAGAGUAUUACUGGUUGGAACCCAAGAAUGCCUUUGAUUAUUUCCAGAAACCUGAUAUUGGGAUGAUAGCCCUCUCAUUUCUUCAGGGAUCUUUCGCCUAUGGAGGGUGGAAUUUCCUGAACUAUGUUACUGAAGAGCUUGUAGACCCGUACAAGAAUCUUCCUCGUGCCAUAUUUAUUUCAGUCCCUCUGGUCACAUUUGUCUAUGUCUUUGCCAAUAUUGCCUAUGUCACAGCUAUGUCUCCACAAGAAUUGCUGGCUUCAAAUGCAGUUGCAGUGACAUUUGGUGAUAAGUUGCUGGGUGUGAUGGCCUGGAUUAUGCCCAUCUCUGUUGCACUGUCCACAUUUGGUGGUGUGAAUGGCUCCCUUUUCACCUCCUCUAGGUUGUUUUUUGCUGGAGCUCGUGAGGGCCAUUUACCCAGCCUUCUGGCAAUGAUCCACAUUAACCGUUGCACACCCAUUCCAGCUCUUUUGUUCACGUGUCUAUCCACCUUACUUAUGCUGGUAACCAGUGACAUCUACACACUGAUCAACUAUGUUGGCUUUAUCAAUUACUUGUUCUAUGGCGUUACUGUUGCUGGACAAAUUGUUUUGCGCUGGAAGAAACCUGACAUCCCAAGGCCAAUUAAGGUGAAUUUAAUUUUCCCCAUCAUAUACCUUCUGUUCUGGGCAUUCCUGCUCGUCUUCAGUUUGUGGUCUGAGCCAGUAGUCUGUGGAAUUGGAGUAGCCAUCAUGUUAACUGGAGUUCCUGUCUACUUCCUAGGUGUCUACUGGAAGAAUAAGCCCCAGUGUUUUGACAGCUUUGUUGAUAAAAUGACAUACUUUGGCCAGAAGUUCUGUGUGGUUGUUUACCCAAAGGAAGAUGAGAAAGAGAAAGAGGAGGAAAAGUGUGAAGAGAUGAAGGAGCUGUGCACACGCAAGCAUGAGGCAACAGAAGAGGAUGGAGUACUGAAGGGAAGCGAGUCUUGAACUCAGUGCUCACACACUUGACCAGGAUUAGGGGAUUUGGAAUGAACUCUGAAUGGGUUCUGCUGAUAAUUGGGUAGGGUGCUAAGAAUAAAGUGAACCCAUUCAUUUCAGAAUCCUUGUCUUCAGGUUUAACAUUUCAAAUACAAAUGUCUCCCACAAGUCCUUGUGGAUUCAGAACUGACAGUAUAAGCUUUGGGGGACUUUUUUUUUUGUAAUUUCUGUUUUUCAUUUAUUUGAUGGUGAAAAACCAUUGAGUCAGAAGGUGUUAUUGAAUAAUGAAUUAAGUUUUCAUUAAUCAGGGAGUUUGUCACCUUCAGUUCUGAAUGCAUAGUGCAAGGUAAAAGAAAACACUUCAGAUGUAUGUGUCAUAUUGCUGAUUCCGCAGCAGGCUGCAUUUGAAGACACGGGAGAUGCUUGUCCUGUUGUCUUUGUUAGGUUUAGUUUAGUUUUAUUAUGUCAUUAAUUAAUUCAUUGCUGACUUUCAGUGAACACUUUUCAUUUUGUUUGUACUGUGCUGCUAAACUACACUGAAAGGAUUACCAGCAUCCAGGAGUGUAACCUAGGAAUGUAUAUUUUGCAAUACUGCCACCUGUUGACUAGACUGUCAAUUUCCAGUCAGGAGCCUUAAUUCCACUUUCUUUCUGUCUGGUUUCAAACCAGAAGGCUUUUGGAAAUGCUUUUCCUUGCCACCUGGGUCAAACAGACUGCAUUCCAUAAAGACAUGGCACUGAGAAGAUAUAAAAACUGGUUCCUCACCUAGAGUCAAAGAAGCAUGUAAACAUAAUUUUUUUAAUAUAAAUGCUCCACUUGUGUUUCAUUUGUUGAAUUUCAUCUCUUCUGUUUAGUGCUUGAUUUCUUCUUGCAUUGCAGUAAUGUAUUUUUUCCAUUUUAUUUGUGUCAUGAUUGUAUUUUUGUCCCUGUCCCCAUAGUAUACAUUAAUAGCAUUUUGAAAGGUGAAUAAGCAAGUAUACAUAGAUUUCAGAGAGAAAGAAGAGAAAAACAGUCUUGGGAGGGAAAAAAAACAUAAUGUCUGCCGAAGAAAUGGGUGUAAAUCAGCUGUGCUGCUUGGUUCUAAUGUGAUUAAUUACACUAAGGAUAUUAGCACCUUAAAGUUAUUCUUUCUGCUUCCUGUCUACAGUUAUGAAAUGGAGUAAAAUGUUCCUGUGUAGUAUAAAAUAGGAAGUUAGGCAGACUAUAUUGACUUACUUUAUGCCAUUCACCUUGAAUAACAAUUUGUGCUUUUAUGGCAGCCUAACCUCCCACUGAAGGAAGAAAGUAUCUAGACCAAAGGAGAAGUUAACAGUUUAUAAACUUUGGCAGGUGUUAGCUUGCAGGAAAUGUGCAUAGAGCUCUAACAGCGUUAUAUAUUGCCAUGCAAUUCUGUCCUAAAUAAGCUUAGAAGGAAAGCAGAAAAUCAAAGAGAUGCAGUUUUCCUUUGGAUGUAAUCAUUGUUCUGUUUUCUACCACCAACUGUAAAUUAAAAAACAAGUAACACUCCCAGGUAUCAUUUUACUGUAAAUGUGUGGUGAUGCAUUGCAUUAAAAAAGUUUGAAAGGUGGAUGGAUGGUGAGAAGCUUGAGGUUUGAACUACCUGCCGAUACCAAAAAUUGGGUUAUGCUGACUUUUCCUGAAGCAUACCAGCCCUGUGACAUUUACACGUAUGAUCAGAUGACAUUAUUGUGUCUGCUGUAUAAAAGCAAAGUACAACAGUGGACAAAACACUGUGGUCUUCAUUUGGAGAGUUAAGCCCCAUGACUUCUCUUGUGUUACAAAAAGUACUAACUUAGUGAAAGGAAUGGUUAUAAAAUAUUUAGCAAAAUCUCGGUCUCAAACAUUCUCAUUUGUACUCUUUACAAAGAUCAGGGAAUUAUGUCUUAGACUGGUAUUUCUCAGGAAAUCCUUGCACAACUUCAGAUUUGUAGUCAUUCUUAAGAUGAUACAGGACUGAUUUCGUAUUUUUAGCUAUAGCCUCAUACUACAAUUAUUUUUCUAAAAUUUAGUUAAGAGCUACAUUUUAUAUCAUAGAUAUGUGAACAUUAUAAAAUGUGCUCUCAACAUAUAAUACAGGUGUGCUGUAGCUAAAUGUACAGGAAGUGUGACAGUAUAUGGGAGAAAAACAGUGUGUCUUGAUCAGUAGGUUUUCUAUGGCAAAAUGGAAAUACUGAGAGCUGUUAUAUAAAUACAAGCAAUUAUGUACAUGACGUUUCCUUCCUAAGAGUGUCAGCAGAAAGAAAGCUGGCAAAGUGUAUCCCUCUUUGGUACCAGUGGAACAAGGUAGAACAACUCGGUCAAAAAAAUAAACAAAAAAAAUUAACUCUC